AUGUCUGGCCGUGGUAAAGGUGGAAAAUUUCCAGUCGGUCGUAUUCACCGAUUGUUGCGUAAAGGCAACUAUGCCGAACGUGUCGGUGCUGGUGCUCCAGUUUAUUUGGCAGCUGUGAUGGAAUAUUUGGCUGCUGAAGUAUUGGAAUUGGCUGGUAACGCAGCCCGUGACAACAAAGAAGACCAGAAUCAUUCCACGUCACUUACAGUUGGCCAUCCGCAACGACGAAGAAUUGAACAAGCAGUUUUGUUGCCGAAAAAGACCGAAAAGAAGGCUUAA